AUGUCGCCCGAGACGCUUCUCGCCGGAGGCGGAGACCCUGCUCCGCUCAGGCAGGUCCAGGCCACGCAAGGGUCCUUCCGAGCAGCCCCCAGACCCUCACCACGAACUCAGCGAAAACGUCGAGGGCUGCGGUGGGGAAGGGGCUGCUGGCCAGCAGGAGCUUCCCGGGCCGUCCGCUCCCCUCGGGUGACAGGCCUGCAAACCCUGCGGGCAGCUCUGAGCGGGGCCACUAGCUGGCGGCCGGCCGGGAGGACGCGCCCUCCGCUCGGGAACUCGGGCCUCGUUCCGGCUUCACCGUCUCCCCAAGGCACCACCGGUCAGCUGAUGAGACAACAGAGCCCCGCCCCACACAACUCCACGACCCAUCACGGCCGCCCGAGCAGCCGCAGCCCCGGGGUCGCCGGAAGUGACGGCACGCGACGCGUGUGGAGCCCCGCCCCUUUACGACCGACGCCCGCCCCUUCCGGCCGACGCCCGCCCCCGUCCGUCCGUCUCCCCGCGUCUUCCGGCCGGCUCCCCGCCUUUUCCGCGCGGCGCCCCGCCUCUUCCGGCCGGCGCCCCGCCCACGGCGCCCCUCCCCCGCGGCCGUCAGCCUCGCCCUCUCCUUCCUCUUCCUCCCGCGCCCUCGCACCUGAGCGCGCGCACCUGCCCGCCCGGCGCCCUGCCCUUCUCCCGGGUCCGCCUGAGUGUUGUCGCCGCCGCCGCCAGGCCCGUCCGGCCGCGGAGCCUCGCGGCUGCGUCACCGGCCCCGACAAGAUGGACACCGCCGAGGAAGACAUCUGUCGAGUAUGCCGUUCAGAAGGGACCCCGGAGAAGCCCCUGUACCACCCGUGUGUGUGUACUGGCAGUAUUAAGUUCAUCCAUCAAGAAUGCUUAGUUCAGUGGCUGAAGCACAGUCGGAAAGAAUACUGUGAACUCUGCAAACACAGAUUUGCUUUCACACCAAUUUACUCCCCGGAUAUGCCUUCGCGGCUGCCCAUCCAGGACAUCUUCGCUGGACUGGUGACGAGUAUCGGCACCGCCAUCCGCUACUGGUUCCACUACACCCUCGUGGCCUUUGCCUGGCUGGGCGUCGUGCCCCUCACCGCCUGCCGCAUCUACAAGUGCUUGUUUACUGGCUCUGUGAGCUCGCUCCUGACCCUGCCACUGGACAUGCUGUCGACGGAGAACCUGCUGGCCGACUGCCUGCAAGGCUGCUUCGUGGUCACCUGCACGCUGUGCGCCUUCAUCAGCCUUGUGUGGCUGCGGGAGCAGAUCGUACACGGCGGGGCCCCCAUCUGGCUGGAGCACGCCGCCCCGGCCUUCAACGGCGCUGGACACCAGCACGAGGCUCCGGCAGGGGAGAACGGAGCUGAAGACAUUGCUCCUGACCAACCUGCCAACCGGCCUGCAGAGAAUGCAGUGGUGGGCGAGAACCCCGACCCUCCGGAUGACCAGGGGGAGGAGGAGGAGGACAACGAGGAGGAAGAUGAUGCCGGUGUGGAGGGUGCAGCUGAUGCCAACAACGGGGCCCCUGAUGACAUGAACUGGAAUGCACUGGAGUGGGACCGGGCCGCCGAGGAGCUGACGUGGGAGAGGAUGCUAGGACUCGAUGGAUCACUAGUCUUUCUCGAGCAUGUCUUCUGGGUGGUGUCUCUGAAUACAUUGUUCAUUCUGGUUUUUGCCUUCUGCCCAUACCACAUUGGCCAUUUCUCUCUUGUUGGUCUGGGAUUUGAAGAACAUGUCCAAGCUUCGCACUUUGAAGGUCUGAUCACCACCAUAGUUGGGUACAUCCUGCUGGCGAUAACACUUAUCGUCUGCCAUGGCCUAGCGACGCUUGUCAAGUUCCACCGCUCUCGUCGCCUGCUGGGCGUCUGCUACAUUGUUGUCAAGGUCUCGCUGCUGGUGGUGGUGGAGAUUGGCGUGUUCCCGCUCAUAUGUGGCUGGUGGCUGGACAUCUGCUCGCUGGUACUGCGCCCCGGUGUGCUGUGGUUCCUGCGGAACCUGAACGAUCCUGACUUUAACCCGGUGCAGGAAAUGAUCCACUUACCCAUCUACAGGCACCUACGGCGGUUCAUCCUGUCUGUGAUUGUCUUUGGCUCCAUCGUCCUUCUGAUGCUCUGGCUACCCAUCCGGAUCAUCAAGAGCCUGCUGCCCAGCUUCCUGCCCUACAAUGUUAUGCUGUACAGUGAUGCCCCGGUCAGUGAACUGUCCCUGGAGCUGCUGCUGCUGCAGGUGAUCCUGCCGGCGCUGCUGGAGCAGGGCCACACCCGCCAGUGGCUGAAAGGGCUGGUGCGGGCCUGGACAGUUGCCGCUGGACACUCCCUGGACCUUCACUCCUACUUACUGGGUGACCAGGAGGAGAGUGACAGCAGUGCCCACCAGGUGAACAACAAUCAGCAUGCACGCAACAACAACGCCAUCCCGGUGGUGGGUGAGGGGCUGCACGCCGCCCACCAAGCCAUCCUGCAGCAGGGGGGGCCCGUGGGCUUCCAGCCCUACCGCCGGCCACUCAACUUCCCGCUCCGGAUCUUCCUGUUGAUUGUGUUCAUGUGCGUCACAUUGCUCAUCGCCAGCCUCAUCUGCCUCACUCUCCCAGUGUUUGCUGGCCGGUGGCUAAUGUCAUUCUGGACGGGAACUGCCAAGAUUCACGAGCUCUACACUGCUGCUUGCGGCCUGUACGUCUGCUGGCUGACCAUCAGGGCUGUGACGGUGCUGGUGGCAUGGACACCUCAGGGACGCAGAGUGAUCUUCCAGAAGGUCAAGGAGUGGUCCCUCAUGAUCAUGAAGACUCUGGUGGUCGCGGUGCUGCUUGCGGGCGUUGUCCCCCUGCUGCUGGGGCUGCUGUUUGAGCUGGUCAUUGUCGCUCCCCUGAGGGUCCCCUUGGACCAAACCCCACUUUUUUACCCAUGGCAGGACUGGGCGCUGGGAGUCCUGCACGCCAAGAUCAUCGCCGCCAUCACCCUGAUGGGUCCCCAGUGGUGGCUGAAGACGGUGAUCGAGCAGGUGUAUGCCAACGGCAUCCGCAACAUUGACCUCCAGUACAUCAUCCGGAAGCUGGCUGCCCCCGUCAUCUGCGUGCUCCUGCUUUCCCUGUGCGUGCCCUAUGUCAUCACGGCGGGCGUCGUCCCCCUGCUAGGCGUCACCGCCGAGAUGCAGAACCUGGUGCAGCGGCGUAUCUACCCCUUCCUGCUGAUGGUUGUGGUCCUCAUGGGCAUCCUGUCCUUCCAGGUCCGCCAGUUCAGGCGUCUCUAUGAGCACAUCAAAAACGACAAGUACCUGGUGGGCCAGCGCCUGGUCAACUAUGAGCGGAAGUCCACCAAGCCCGGCGCCUCGCCCAGCCCGGACCGUGCCAACCGCGACGGAGCAGCAGCCCAGCCGCCGGCCCUGGCCUUGGCCCUGCGGCCUCGCGCUUCACCCCGGGGGUCCCCUCACCACGCUGCCAACCAGGGGGCCCCCUCACCACGCUGCCAGCCGGGGGUCCCCUCACCAUGCUGCCGGCCAGGGGGCCCCCUCACCACACUGCCGGCCGGGGGGCCCCUCACCACGCUGCCAGCCGGGGGGCCCCUCACCACGCUGCCGGCCGGGGGGCCCCUCACCAUGCUACCGACCAGGAAACACCCUCACCACGCUGCCGGCCAGGGGGCCCCCUCACCACGCUGCCAGCCAGGGGUCCCCUCACCACGCUGCCGGCCAGGGGGCCCCCUCACUACACUGCCGGCCGGGGGGCCCCCUCACCACGCUGCCGACCGGGGGGCCCCUCACCAUGCUACCGACCAGGAAACACCCUCACCACGCUGCCGGCCAGGGGGCCCCCUCACCACGCUGCCGACCAGGGGGCCCCCUCACCACGCUGCCGACCAGGGGGCCCCUCACCACGCUGCCGGCCGGGGGGGCCCCCUCACCACGCUGCCGGCCGGGGGGCCCCUCACCACGCUGCCGGCCGGGGGGCCCCCUUCCCCCGCUGCUGUCCGGGCAUCUGGCCGAACCCAGAAGGGCUGCGUGGAAGCCAGCAGGCACACCAGCCUGGGCUGUGUGUCCUCUCACCGAGACCGACCCCAAGAGGAGAGGCACCGGCAUGCCCCCUCGCAUGGCCAUCUGCUGCCUUCUGAGUUGAGAACAAGCUGGACGAAGCGGAAGCUGUCUGCUGCCCGGUUUGUCUGCUUUGGCUUUGCUUCAGAAGCUGCGGCAUGCUUAGCUGGACCUGGCCAGGGUGUGCCUGUCCGCCCCUGCCUGGCGCCUGGAUGGCAGGCUGCUCGGGGCCACUCCUGGGUCCUCACGCACAGAAUAAUCUGGAACAAGCCAGUCAUUAUGCGUGGUGUUGCCACCCCUGUGCCGUAG